AUGUGUGAGAAUCUAUCAAAAAUUACAAAGAGUCAAAAUGACAAAAGAGAAUAUAAGGCAAUCCGUCUUGAGAAUAAGAUGACUAUUGUUUUGAUUUCUGAUCCUGAAACUGAUAAGUCUGGUGUAGCCAUGAAUGUGUUCGUUGGAGCUUUAGAAGAUCCAGCUGAUCGUGAAGGAUUAGCUCACUAUUUAGAGCAUAUGCUCUUUUUAGGUACUGAAAAGUAUCCAAAUUAAUCAGAAUAUAUGGAUUAUCUUUCUAAAAAUUCUGGUCUCUUUAAUGCAUACACAGAUUUGAUGGAAACUAAUUACUUCUUUGAAUGUUCAAAUUCUGCAUUUGAAGGUGGUAUUGACCGUUUUUCUCAAUUCUUUAUAGCUCCUCUAUUUACAGAAAGCUGUGCUAAGAGAGAAAUGAAUGCAGUUAAUAGCGAACAUCAAUUAUACUUCAAGUAAGAUAUAUGGCGUUAAUUCUAACUAUUGAGGCACUCUGCUAAGAAGGGGAAUCCUUUAAAUAAGUUUGGUGUUGGGUCUUUGGAAACACUGGAUCACCCUAAUAUUAGAGAAGAUCUUAUUAAAUUCUUUGAAAGAUAUUAUAGCAGUAAUCAAAUGAAGCUUGUUGUUUAUAGCAAUCAGUCAAUUUCAUAGUUAGAAACAUUAGUGAUGGAUAAAUUUUGGUCUGUUAAGAACAAGGAUAUUGAUUCUCCAAAGUAUGAAGAGAAGCCUUUUGAUGAUACUAAUUAGGGCAAUUUCUGGAGAGUCACUCCAGUAAAAGAUGAAGAUUACCUUAAAUUAAUGUGGACUCUCGACCACACUCUUCCACAUUAUAAAAGUAAUCCUGCUAAGUACAUUAGCCAUCUAAUUGGCCACGAAGGUGAAAAUUCUUUGCUCUCAUUCCUUAAAGAAGAAGGGCUAGCUUUAGAAUUAUCUUCAGGAUACCAUGACUACAUGAACUUAUUCACACUUUUUGAAAUUGAAAUAAAACUCACUCAAAAAGGCUUGUAGAAUUACUAAAAUGUAGUUAAUACCACAUUUGCUUACUUAAAAAUGCUUCGUGAAAAAGGAGCUUAAGAGUGGAUUUUUUAGGAAAUAAAUACUAUCAAUAAAUUAAAAUUUGAUAAUGUAGAUAAGUAGAAAAUUAUGUAAUACAUUCUCACCCUUGCUUCAAAAUUGCAAUACUAUGAAAUUGAAGAUAUUUUAGUAUAGCCUUACUUAUUUGAGUCUUUUGAUAAGGAAUUGAUUUAAAAGUAUAUUGACUCUUUAAAGACUAGCAACUUAAGAAUAUUCUUACAAUCUAAAACUUAAGAGUCUUUAUGCAACUUAACUGAGCCUAUUUAUGGCACUAAGUACAGUUGUGAAAACUUUGAUGAAACAACAAUAAAAUCUUUUGAAAAUCCUGAUUUGAGCUUUACUAAAUCACAAAAAAAGCUUGAUCUUCCUCCUCCAAACGAUUUUGUUCCUAAAUCUAUGACAAUAUUUGGUAGUAAAAAUGAUGAAACUUAAUCAAAGUUACCUGUCCAAAUUUAAGAUAAUGUUUGGUUUAAGCAGGAUAACACCUUUUUAACCCCUAAAGGUUAGAUUAGUCUGUUUAUUUACUUCAAAGACUGCGACCUUCCUCAUAAUGUAUAAAAUGUUUUACAUUCUAAAAUAUGGGAACUUUUGUUCAAUCAUCAUGUAAGCGAGCUAACUUAUAUGGCAGAAUAAGCUUAUUUAAGCUUUAGAAUGGCAAUAACCCCACUUUAAUUAAAAUUAGACUUUAAAGGUUUUAACGAUUCUUUGCCAAGAUUCACUUUAUAAAUUCUUGAAAAAUUAGUCUCAUUUAAUCCACUUGCAAAUUAAGAACUGUUUAAUAAUAUUUAUGAAGAAGUUGCUAAAGAGACUGACAACUUCUUCAAAAAUCCACCUUUCUAACAAAUUGCUCCUUACGUUGAUUAUUUGGUUCGUACUGGUUUCCACUCUCCCUAAUAAAAGGCUGAAGCUAUUAAAGGAAUCACUUUCGAAAGCUUUACUCACUUUGUGAAGCAAUGGUUAAAGAAUUUACGCUUCGAAUGGCUUAUUGUAGGUAAUUUUGAAAAGUAAACUGCUUUAGAUGUUACAAAUUAGGGGCUUGAGGUUCUUUAAAAAUUAAAUUACAAGAUGAUUUAGCAAUUUGAAAUUAAUUAAAUUCGUGCUUAUUAAUUAAUUCCAAACUAAACUAUUGUUUGGUAGAGACAUUUACCUGAAGGAGAUGAAAAUUCUACUUGCACAAAGCUAUAUCAAUACCCUUAAGAGUGCACAAUUAGAAACCAUAAUUUACUUGACUUAGUUUAAACUUUCUUAAGAAUACCAGCAUUUACUUAGUUAAGAACUGUAGAAUAACUUGGUUAUGUAGUAUUUACAUCUGUAAACACGAGAAGUGGAAUAGGUGGUAUUGUAUUUGUAGUACAAUCUAAUGUCAAACCACCAAUUGAAGUUUCAAAUAGAAUCAAAGCAUUUGUGUAGUCUAUGGAAGAAAAGUUAAUAAAUAUGACAGAAGAAUAAUUUAAAACACUUGUUGAGGGUGUAAAAAAUACAGUCAAAGAAAAAGACACUGACAUUUUUGCUGAAACUGCUAGAUACGAAGAAGCAAUCAACACUUAGUAUAUAUUUGGAAAGAAACAAAAAAGAGUUGAGGAUAUUGAAAAUGUAACCCUUGAAGAGUUCACUAAAUUUGCUAAGGCUUUACUCUACUAAGAACCAAGAAGUUUAGAAUUUUAUUUGGUUUCUCAAAAACACAAAGAAGAAUAAAACUAACUUUUAGAUGAUUUAAUUCAUAAUGAAAACUAUGCACAUUACAAGGACAUUGAAACAAUUCAAUCAAGACUUGCAUUAUAUCCUUACUAUUACUCUAAAGUCUGA